UAUGAAUUUAUUUAACCCCAGAUAAAAAAUAUAAAUCAAAAUGAAAAUUCGGAAAACGAAAAUUUGAAAGAAAAAAUAUGAAGAAAGCAGGAGCAGCAGAGAAGAGGAAAGCUCGAAGAUCUUCGGCAUCCGUACAAAACGUCGGAAGAGAUCCCAGCUCCGACAUUCUUAGGAAACAAGCUGCCCAUGAUGUAUAUCAGUUGUUCGCAGAGAAAGUGAGGGACCAUAAAGAUUUGGAGUCUAGAUGGGCUGUCUUGCAGGAAACCCGUGUCGAAUAUUUUAGAGGGAAGGACUUUGUCAGCUUUAUGAGAAACCAUCCAGACCUUAAAGAAAUACUAGAGUCAGAUAGAGAUCUUGAAACUGAAGAUAUUGCCAAUAUUUUGUUACAAAAAAAUCUUUUGGUGCGCAGUGACCGUGUGGUGAAAACUGUUCGUCCAGGGAAGAAAAAGUUGUCUAGCUGGCCUGCACAUUUAGAAAUCUUUCCUGAACAAGUAUUCUCUGAAAAUGAUGCCUUCUUUGCAUGGACAUUUGUAAAACGGCGACCAUUAUGGCAAACACUUCUCUCAUUUGUCUGGCCUGUGUUGACCCUUGCAAUUUGCUUGUUUCCUGUAUAUCCACAUCGGUGCAAAUUACUAAUACUCUACUCAUGUGCGGGAUUACUUGUACUUAUUCUCUCCUUGCUUUUACUGAGAGCUACAAUAUUUGGUGCUGCAUGGAUCGUAUUAGGAAAGCGUGUUUGGUUCUUCCCUAACAUCCUUGCCGAGGAAGCAACAUUGCGAGAAUUAUUUUGUUUUUGGCCCAAAAAAGAUGAAGAGGAGCGACCAAAAUGGACAGCAAGACUGUUUUAUGCAAUUUUGGCCGUGUUGGUCAUACUUCUGCUGAGGCAUCAUGCUCCUGAUGAGGCUGCCAGAGCAAGGUAUCAGAAGCGGAUGUCGAACAUAAUCGACGACGUCCUUGAAUGGUCUCCGAGCCUGGCUCUCUCCGGGAUGAUGGACAAACAAACUGUAGUUAAUGCCACAGAGGAUAACAAAUAUUCAAAUGAAAGUGAGGUAACCUCUGAAACGAUAACCUCUGCAGAUGAAUCCGAAAGUUUCGAAGGAACCGAUGAACAUCAGAACGAUACUGUAUGAGUGUACUGUCAGCUGAAAGGAAAAUAAAGGCUGUUGAUUAUUAUAUUUGUGUUUUCUGAAAGAUGGGGGUAAAACCGUAAAAGCGCUAACUCUAGGUGUAGUUAAGACAUGUGAGAGGUGUUUAUAAACCAUACGUUCAUUACAAUAUUUGAUGAUGCCUAUUUUUUUUUUGCCUUUGUAACUUUUUGUUUAAGUGAUUCCAUACAUUCGUUUCUAUA